AUGACCAAGCCUCGGAACCCUCCAACCCUCCUCAUCGACUGUGACAACACGCUCGUACUGUCAGAGCAUCUGGCAUUCGCAGCCUGCGCGACCCUUAUCAACCAGAUCCUCCAGCGGCACGAAAUCAACAAGACCUUCACUGGUCCACAGCUGCAGGAGCGCUUUGUUGGUCAGAACUUCCGCGGCAUGCUGGGCGCCCUGUCACGCGAGUACCAGCUCGAGAUCCCGCCCAUCGAUGUCGACGUCCUCGCAAAGGCCGAAGUCGAGGCCGUCAUCAGCCAUCUCAAGACGAGUCUGGAGCCUGCCCCUGGCGCCGCUGCCGCACUGGAAAACGUCUCGCAGCGCAAGCCCGCACCCACCCUCGCCGUGGUCAGCUCAUCUGCGCUGCGCCGCGUCAACGUCUCGCUCCAGAAGACCGGGCUUGACCACUUCUUCGGCGACCGAGUCUACUCGGCCGCCUCCUCACUCGCUGUGCCUACCUCCAAGCCUGACCCUGCCAUCUACCUCCACGCCAUGCUCCGCCUCGGCGUAGCACCCAACGAGUGCAUCGCUAUCGAGGACUCGCCCAGUGGCACAAUCUCCGCCAUCCGCGCCGAGAUCCCCACCCUCGGCUACGUUGGUGCGUACACUGACGGCGAGCGCGACCGGAUGGCCAAGGCCCUCAAGGAUGCCGGUGCCAAGGUCAUCAUGAACGAGUGGAGUGAGCUCGAUCGCUGUCUCGCCGAGAUGGGCUAUCCCGCCGCCUGA